AUGUGGGCUCAAGCGCGCAGUUGGUUCGCGCGAAGGCAGGAACUCAACUCAACCUACAUGCUCUUGGCGGCGGCUGCGGGCUCGGGCCCCGCGGCGCCACCACCUGCGCCACAGCAGGCUCUGGUGGGCCAGGGCGGCCAGAACCCUGACGUGCCAGACUGGAUCGCUCAGUGCCCCGACGUGUGGAACGACACAGGCAAAUACAAGUGCCUGGCAUAUCUAGUCGGCGAGGACCGUUCACCAGAGGGGCAGCAGCAGUUCGUGGAUGGCGAGGAGACCAUCAAACCAGUGACUGAUACGGGGGUCUUGGCGUUCGACAGAGAUGUGGAAAACAAAGGUCGCGGAGACGCUGGGUCGAUCAAGAAGCGCAAGGAGAGCGUGGAGAAGCCGGGCGUCAUAGACAAUCGCGGAGGCCCCUUCCUUUCCGAGAAGCGCGACGUCAAAGUCAAGGACCGCUACGACGUGGCCCACCAAGCUACGCUGAUGCAGAGCGCCGCGGCACUAUGGGCAGAGCAGCCCAAUCAUAAGAACUUGGAGAGGAUCCUGAAGCACGGCAUCAAGCACUGCAAGAUCUACAGCAGGCGGACCCCAGGCUUCGCGCGUCAGUGGAUUGCUGCCCGCGGGAACGCCGAAGCAGAUGUCACCACGCUCACCACCCCGCUGGAGAUGUGGGAUUCCGCAUUACAGGUGAUGGAGAAAUUCUGCGAGUUCAAGGGCGACAGAACUGUGCGCGGCAUGGGCUCGAUGGCAAUAUGCGAAGACAAGCAUUGCGAGAUCGCCACGAAAAUGUUCCCAGGCAGGUGGUUUUACAAAAAUCGGUUCCUCGUGAUUGCGAAGUUCUGCGCAGGUGGGGACUUCACCAACCCAGAUAUGGCCAGGAACGUGUGGAACCUGAUGAACACCGCGCCGAUGCUGGUGAAGCAUCUGGGACAAGUUGAGCAUGGCCCUCAAGCUGUACUUGAUAUACCCACCAUGCUGAUACCCACCGCGUCGCCGCCUGCGAAGUGCAACUUUCUACCAGAUGGCAUUGCGAUGAUCCAGAAGGUCCUGAUCGAUCGUGACAUCGACGAGCAGCAGGCGCCCGCAAAGAGGAAGGCCAAUAGUGAGAAGAAGGCCGCCCUGGUCAAUCAGCGCGCGGAUGCCAAACAAGCCGACGACACAGCCAACAAGAAGCGCGUGCAGAAGCACACGACGAAGGGCACCCUCAAGAAACACAUCAUGAGAAAGUUGGCGGCGAGGAGUGCUGAGAAGCAGGCCGUCAAGAUCAAUAACCUGCAGCUGGCAGCCAUUCGCAUUGUGUGCAGCGGUGCGGCUGGCACCGACGUCAUGGUGCAAGGUCUACCUCGCACUAUUCGCGGCUGGCUGAACCUUCGCGUCCAGUGGAAGAUGGACGCACUGAGGGCCGCGAAGCUUCAAGAGGGGGCCCGCGCGACCGAGUCCAAGUCGGCCAGUCUAGCUGACCUGACCGCAUAUUUCAAUAACGGCGACACUGGAGCCAUGAUCAGAACGUUCGAGGACUGCUUGGCGAAGAAUCCGACCGGCAAGCCGAUCAAAUGUCAUGGCGCAGCUCCCCUGAGCAUGAAUGAGGUCUUCAUGUGCGCGAUGGGGUUGCGCGGCUCGGAGUCGACUGACUUGGCCACCGUUGUGAUGGCCAAGUGCGCGGAGGAAGCGAUGGAGGUGAUCCCCGUGGAGUGGACGGAGCUCGGUCGCUUCGUGGACGCUGCAAGGGAGAGCGACUGCCUGCAGCAGAUAACGGGGUGCGCCUUCCAGCAGCUCGACGCAUCAACCUUCGCCGCGUGCCUUGUCGAUGCUGUGCGCAACCGCUUGAUGUUCCACCUUGCGGAGGCGAUCGGGCCGAUGAUGUGCCCGAGUUUUCCUGCGGCUUCCGCAUGUCCGCUGUGUCUCUUCCCGCAGUACUUCAGGGGCGUCGUUGGCGAGAUGGCCGAAGCCUUCGACAUCGGGAAGCACGGCGCGGCGGCGUUUCUCAUUGCCCCUAACUUCCUCGCGCCCAUCAUCGAUCUUGUCUCUGUCAGCGAAUGGGCGAAGGAGCUGCUGAGCAUGGAUGUGUUUCUCGAUCAGCACAACGUCUCUACAAUCGAGGCGGACAGAGAUAAACACACGAAGGUGUUUGCAGGGUCGGGCGCGUGCCAAACCUGCAAGUCGAAGCUCGCGCAGGAGGGCAUCUCGAUCAGAACCAUCAUCAAGAAGGACAUCGAGCUCUUCCUUACGGUCCGCGAGACGAUUGCGAGCGAGGUGCUCGAGGCUUGCUACGCCGGCGCCUUGGAGGCCAACGCGAUCAAGAAGAACAUCAAGGAUCUGCUCAUGAAGCGCCUCGGGGACAAGUUGGGCCCUGCUGUUUGGGAGGCGGUGGAUCAGGGGAAGAAGAGCGCCGCUUCGAGCGGCGAGCAAAACGACAAGCGCAAUGCAUGCAUCGCGUCGAAGUGGUGGUCGAAGCUGGUUCAGACCGAGGGCCAGAACACGCCGGUCGCCAUGAAGGCAGCCUCCCAUCGCCUGAAUGCGAUCAUCGGCGACGCGAUGCUGGAGGCAGCGGCGGCCUACUCGGAUAGCGGCAACGUCGAGGGUUUGCUCAUCGUCUCGGAUGGCUUCAACGUCGACGCGAUCGGGCAACAGCAGCAGACCGCGCAGAAGAAACACAAGUUCGACGUCCACAGGUUCGAGCUUUCCGACAAGUCAGUGGAGGAUUCAGUGCGCCUGCCGUACUGGGGCAAGAUCAUCGACGAGAAGACCGCGCGCACCGUGGCUAAAUGGUGCUGCCUCCCCGUCGGGGACAACAGCGGGAAUGGGUCGCGUCUCUACAUGAAAGGGCUCACGAGUUCGAACCUCUUGAAGACAGACGGCUGCCUGGCUUGGAGCAUCCCACCGCUGCCGAUCAAGAAGACCAAGCAGGACGACAAGCCGCCUGGCGCUGUCAAGGACCAGGGCGACAGUGACAUCGUGGCAGCGAAUCAAGCUCCGAAAAAAAAGGCCAAUACCGAGUCUGCCAAGCCAGAUCCGAUCGCGACGCACAUGCUCGAGUGGAAGACCGUGAAGUUCACCACGGGCGGAUUCGACUACGAGUGCGCGCUGCCUUUCCUCGUGGACGACCCAGAGCACAAUAACACCUACGACGUAAAGUGGAG